AUACAUAGGGACAAAUUUAGGAGCGAAACGAAACCGUAUCGUAUUUUGUGCUGUUACUGAACAAACCCCCGCUCUCCCUAAGAUCUACUCUUUCAACCGUCACCGUCGUUCGACCAUUACUCGCCGUCCUUUUCCUCUCUCUCCAUUCUUCAAUUUUAUUUUCACAUCGCGUGCCCUAGAAUUAUUUCUCAUUUCGAAACCGCUCUUGAAUUGUAUCAUCCAUUUUUUCCUCUCAUAAUUCAGAAUUUGUUGCUGAAUUUAAUACAUGAUAGAUGGGAACGCGACCGCAGCAAUCGCGUGUAGAUGAAGACGACGACGAACUGCUCGGCUGUGGAACUACGAUUUCCGGCCAAUCAGGCUCCACAAGCCGGAGUGCUGGAUUGGGGACUACCGCCGGUGAUAACGCUGCUCUCAAAUUGAACCACCUUGACAUACACGAUGAUGAUGCUGCAUCACAGGGAGCAGUUGCGAGCAAGAAGAAAAAGAGAGGCCAGCGAGCUGUUGGGGGUGAUAAGAGUGGAAGAGGGCUUCGCCAAUUUAGUAUGAAAGUGUGUGAGAAGGUAGAAAGUAGAGGAAGAACAACUUACAAUGAGGUGGCAGAUGAACUUGUGGCUGAGUUUUCUGAUCCAAGCAAUAGUGUUUUGACCCCUGAUCAGCAACAAUAUGACGAGAAAAACAUCCGUCGAAGAGUCUAUGAUGCUCUGAAUGUUCUCAUGGCUAUGGAUAUAAUUUCCAAGGAUAAAAAGGAAAUACAAUGGAAGGGUCUUCCUCGUACCAGUCAGAAUGAUAUUGAAGAACUAAAGACAGAGCGUCUUGGGCUCAGGAACAGAAUUGAAAGGAAAACAGCCUAUCUGCAGGAGCUUGAGGAGCAAUUUGUAGGUCUUCAGAAACUUAUACAGCGAAAUGAGCAACUAUGUAGCUCAGGAAAUCCUCCCAGUGGAGGUGUAUCUUUACCUUUUAUUCUCGUACAGACACGUCCUCAUGCAACUGUUGAAGUGGAAAUAUCAGAAGAUAUGCAGCUUGUUCAUUUUGAUUUCAACAGUUCUCCUUUUGAGCUGCAUGACGACAAUUAUGUUCUCAAGGCAAUGAAUUUUUGCGAGAGUGAGAGACCACAGAGCGACAACGUCAUACACAAUGUUGUGAAUGGAGGGGAAGGCUCUAGCAUGUCGGGCAUGUAUCAGUCACGGGUUCCUCCUUCAGUUUCAAACAUGUCAGUUAGGCCUCCCACAUCACCUCCACUCCCUGGAAUAUUAAAGGCGAGAGUUAAGCAAGAGCAUUGAUCUGCAAGUUUAUGAUAUCAUCUCACCUUAUUUAGGCAUGCCUGUAUAUUUUGUAGAGAAAUAUACCGAAUUAUAGACCUUCAUAAUAGUUAGUCAUCGGUACAUCUUUGGGGUAGGCCAGAAGCAGAUCGAUCUGUUUGCUUCUUUAUUGUUUGGGGUAGACAGACAAAUUCACUGGCUGCUACUAUCUAUCAUUACUACCUUCACUGGAUUUUUUUUUUUUACGGGUAACUUCCCCUCUGAUGUAGUAAGAGAGAAUUCUGUUGUAAUAAAUGAUUACUUUCAUGAUUCACUGAUUUACAGUGUAAAUUGUAGUGUUUUCCAGUUUAUAUGGAUAUAUUGGCUGGUAUUUGGACCAAUGCAUCUUGUUUGUCUUGUUGCCUGUGAUGUUGGUAUUUUCAACAUCAAUUUCUUUUUGUAAUAUCCUUAGUUUAUUACCUAAAUACCUAAU